ACGGAGGGGGGUGCCAAUGUUCGGCUUCAAGGGUGUCAAGACCCUGUCAGUGUGUGAAAUAAAUACCGGGAUACAACGAAAUGCAAAAAGCGACCUACUACGACAGUUCGGCGAUCUACGGCGGCUACCCCUACCAAGGAGCAAACGGUUUCACUUAUAAUGCGAGUCACCAGCAAUAUCCCCCGCCUUCCACGCUGGUGGAAAGCGAAUACCACCGGCCGGCCUGCUCCCUGCAGUCCCCUGGCAGCACUGUGGCCCGCCACAAGGCCAAUGACAUCAACGAGAGUUGCAUGAGAACCAUCGGAGGCCAGGGGGGCCAGGCUCAGGGCCUCCCCGAGUCUCAACAGCCCCCGACACAGCCCCUGCAGCCUCCACAGCCUCAGCAGCAGCCCCAGCAGCAGCAGCAGCAGCAGCAGCAGCCGCCACCACAGCAGGCUCCACCACCAUCGUCCCAACAGCCCCAGCAGCAGUCUCAGCCCCCUGUUCCUCCGGCUCCAUCCUCUUCACAGCCCCCUCCCUCUGUGUCACCACCUCAAAAUGCCAGCAGCAACCCGACCCCCACCAACUCCACCAAGAGUCCCCUGCUCCACUCGCCUACCAUGUCCAAACAAAUCUUUCCCUGGAUGAAAGAGUCUCGGCAAAACACAAAGCAGAAAAACAGCAGCUCCAGUUCAGGUGAGAGUUGCUCUGGCGAUAAAAGCCCCCCGGGGCAGGCGUCAUCCAAGAGGGCUCGAACAGCUUACACAAGCGCCCAGCUGGUGGAGCUGGAGAAGGAAUUCCACUUCAAUAGGUAUCUGUGUAGGCCCAGGAGGGUAGAGAUGGCCAACUUGCUCAACCUUACCGAGAGACAGAUCAAAAUCUGGUUUCAGAACCGCAGGAUGAAAUAUAAGAAGGAUCAGAAGGGCAAGGGCAUGAUGACGUCCUCCGGGGGCCAGUCCCCCAGCCGAAGCCCGGUUCCCCCCGGCGCUGGGGGAUACCUCAACUCUAUGCAUUCUCUGGUCAACAGUGUUCCCUACGAGCCCCAGUCGCCCCCGUCCUUUAGCAAGCCUCAUCAGAACGCCUAUGGCCUCCCCAACUCCUACCCGGCUGCCCUUAACAGCUGCCCACCUCCACAGAAGCGGUACUCGGGGACUGCUGCGGUCACUCCCGAUUACGACCCUCACCCCCUUCAAGGCAACGGUAGUUAUGGGACCCCACACUUACAGGGAAGCCCCGUCUUCGUGGGGGGCAACUAUGUGGAGCCCAUGAGUAAUUCCGGGUCUUCCAUCUUUGGUCUGACUCAUCUCCCCCAUCCCGUCUCUGCCAACAUGGACUAUGGGGGGGCUGGGCCCAUAGCCAACAACCAUCAUCAUGGACCUUGUGAGCCCCACCCCACCUACACAGACCUUACAGCUCACCAUCCUUCUCAGGGAAGAAUUCAGGAGGCGCCCAAGCUCACCCAUCUGUGAUGACCUCGGGGUUGAGUGGACCCAAAGUCAACCCAUUUCUUUCUUUCCUUUUUUUUUUUUUUGGUUCUGUUGUGUUUUUU